AUGGAACAUAGUAUGCUCUUUAUUCCCCAUGAUAUCCUAUUUUUCAUCCUUAUUAGGCUACACGUUAAAUCUUUGUUACGUUUUCAAUCUGUUUCUAAGGCAUGGAAAGCUAUAAUAUGUGACAAAAUAUUCAAGAAAACUCAUCGUGAUCAAUCCAAAGUGUCGAGUCCCCAAAAGCUCUUAUUGGUACAAUUGGAUGAUGGUGUAUUCGAGUUUCGGGACUUGAAAAAUCCCCAAAUUGCAAUACGAAAACAAAAGUUUCCCCUAAAGAGAUUCCAACAAGUCCCAGCCUUGUGCUCAUGUGAUGGUUUAGUUCUAUUAAAGAGCCAUACAGCUUAUAAAUCAUAUGUUUUGUGGAAUCCUUAUACUAAUGACUAUAGAAUUUUUAAAUGUGAAUAUGUGAAAGCUUACAGUUGCACAACUCCACAUGCUUGUGGAUUUUGCUAUGAUUCUAGUGCCGAUGACUACAAGGUUAUAUUGGUCUAUAAAUCGUUUUAUGCUGUUUGUUAUGUAAGUUAUGAGAAUAAAUGGAUGAAGAGAACAAGUGUUCAUGUACAAGAACUUAAUGCAAGGUCAUGGGAGUGCAGUCAGGGGAUAAGCGUUGAAGGUCGAGUAUUUUGGUCUAUUCAGUGGAAAAUUAACCACUUAGUACGUCAAAAUUCUAAGAUUAUAUACUUUGACGUGAAGUCAGAUGAAGUGAAGGAGCUUCAAAAACCAGAUUUUAUAGGUGAAAACGAUCAGUUGUAUCGAUUGACUUCUUUGAAAGGUUGUGUUGGUUUAUAUGGUGGCAAAAUCCAUAGCAAAACAUUCGACGUUUGGAUCAUGGAACAAGAUGAAUGGAAAUUAUUAAUGAACAUCAGUUGCAAUUUCGUUUGCGAGCGAUUUAUAGUGAAUAGUGUGCUGUUGGGCUGCAUGAACCAUAAUGAAAUUCUCUUUCAAACCAUAGGAAUAGGGCUUAAAUAUUUUGUUAUCUAUGAUCUUGAACGACAUCAAUUCGUUAAACGAAUUCUAAUAUCCAAAGAUUCAAGACAUUACACAGUUCCAAUAUGUUCGGAGAGUUUAUAUUUUCCGAAACCCAAUAUCAAGCGCAAGAGAAAGCAACUCAGCUAA